AUGACAGAAGUACUGUGGGCAUAUCGUACAACCUACAAGACACCGACAAAAGCUACCCCUUAUUCAUUGGUGUUCGGAGUUGAAGCAGUAUUGCCGCUGGAAGUUGAACUACCAUCACUCUGUGUAGCAAUCCAGAAUGAUCUUACUCAAGAGCAACAUGAUCGCUUAAGAAUGGAAGAGCUCGAUGCACUCGAUGAGAUUAGAUUGCAAGCUCAACAAAAUUUGGAAAUCUACCGAGGAAGAAUGGCAAAAUCCUUUGAUCGGAUGAGAAGUGUGGCUAAAGUGCUGGAUUUUCAUCGUGUGGUGGAAGUUGAAUACGUGGGGGUGCAAAUUGCUUUGCAUAAAUUGAUUACACCGGAUUUUGGGAAGCUCGUCAGAAGAGCAAGAAAAAAGUUAGUGCUUGGGGACACCAGCAUUUAUCGUGCGACUUAG